GAAUUGUUUACUUAGUGCUGUCUCGUGGCACAUUAUAUGACUGGCAGGAUCUUGCUUGUGUUCUGUCAGUGACAUGUAGCCUGACCUGAUUUAUUUGGAAAUGGCAACUCUUACAUGCUAUUAUUCAUGGGGAAGUGGGUACAAGUUUAGGUUAGUUUUAGGUCAUUUCCCCUCAUUCUACAUGGACAAUCCAGAUAAACAUUUGUGCUGGUUUCAAGACUUAAAAUUCAGCAAAGGUGAGUCGGCUUCCCUUAUUAUUUUUGUAACUGAUGUAUUUAUCCUACUUCUGUUGAAAACAAAGUAAGCAAGAAUGUUAAAGCUGGAAUGUUCUCUCUGAGUUAAAUGUUUAACAGCUGUUAGAACUGGGUAUGGUGAUACACUUAGAACUGUUACGUUCAGACCACCCUGGGCUCCAUAGUGAAGCCUGUCUCACAUAACACAAGACAGACAGCUAAAUAAGCACUCUUCAGGACAGACAGAAAAAGUGAAGUAUUAAUAAUUGUUUCAUCUAAGAGGAAGCUUGGGGUUUAUUUGGUUGGUUUCUACUGUACAGCUCUUCUUGGUAGAAAUAGUCUCUUGCUUGUGUUUAGUCGAUAUUAGUUACUCAACCUUGAUUCUUUGCUGUUAUUUUAUAUAUUGUUUUGUGCAGAAGAGGAAGCUGAAAUUCUGGGGCAGGAGUAAUGGCAGGUGAGUGGCACAAACUCUGAAGAAUGUGGCAGUUUGAAGGAGGCUUUGCAACCACUCCUGUGGACCAGUCUCAGAGCCGUGGCUCACGUCACAUUCAUCGAUUUUCCCUAAGUUUUUGUUCCCUCUUGUUUCCAGGGAAGUGGGAGUGUCCAUGGCAUCAGUGUGACGUGUGUGGGAAGGAAGCAGCCUCCUUUUGUGAGAUGUGCCCCAGCUCUUUCUGCAAGCAGCACCGAGAAGGGAUGCUUUUCAUCUCCAAGCUCGAUGGACGUCUGUCUUGUACUGAACAUGACCCCUGCGGCCCCAACCCUCUGGAACCAGGGGAGAUCCGUGAGUAUGUGCCUCCCUCAGUGCCGCUGCCUCCAAGCCCCAGCCCUCAGCUGACAGAGCAGUCAUCCAAGAUGGCUACUCAGGGGCCCAAGAUGUCUAAUCAACCACCUACUGAUGCCACCCAGACGCUGCCACUUUCCAAAAAGAACCUGACAGGGACGUGUCAGAGGCCACUGCUACCUAAAAGACCCCCUGAAAGAACUGACUCUAGUUCCCACCUUUCAGAUAGGGUCAGAGACCUUGCUGGACCAGGGACCAAAUCCCAGUCCUUGGUAUCCAGUCAGAGACCACAGGACAGGCCACCUACUAAAGAAGGACCAAGAUCUCAGCCAUCUGACAGAGCCUCUCCAGUUACCAGACCAAGCUCCUCACCCUCAGUCAGGCCCCUGCCUCUGGAAAGACCUCUGGGAGUGACAGACUCAAGGCUGGAUAAAUCUAUAGGUGCUGCCGGCCCAAAGUCCCAGUCAGUAGAGAAAACCCCGGUCCCCACUGGCUUGCGACUUUCAACAUCAGACAGGCUGCUGACCACCAACAGUCCCAAACCUCAGAUUUCUGACAGGCCCCCAGACAAAUCCCAUGCCUCUUUGACCCAGAGACUUCCACCUCCUGAGAAAGUACUGUCAGCUGUGGUCCAGUCUCUGGUAGCUAAAGAAAAAGCGCUGAGGCCUGUGGACCAGAACACUCAGAAAAAGCACAGAGCUGCUUUGAUGGAUCUCAUAGACCUAACUCCUCGCCAGAAGGAGCGGGCUUCUUCUCCUCAUGAAGUCGCACCACAGGCUGAUGAGAAGAUGCCAGUGCUGGAGUCAAGCUCAUGGCCAUCUAGCAAGGGUCUGGGGCCUAUGCCACGAGCUGUGGAGAAAAGCAGCAUGUCAGAUUCCCUCCAGCCAGCAGGAAAAGCAGCAGCUCCUUCAGAACAUCCUUGGCAAGCUGUUAAAUCAUUCACCCAGGCCAGACUUCUUUCUCCACCUUCUGCCAAGGCUUUUUUAUAUGAAUCAACAACUCAAGCCUCAGGAAGAGCUCCUGUGGGAGCUGAGCAGACCCCAGGACCUCCCAGCCCAGCACCAGGGCUGGUUAAACCGGUGAAGCAGCUAUCAAGAGGACUUACUGCCAAGAGUGGGCAGGCCUUCAGGUCUCUUGGGAAGAUCCCAGCUUCCCUCCCCAGUGAAGAGAAGAAGUUGGCAACCACAGACCAGAGUCCCUGGGGCCUGGGAAAAGCCUCACCAGGGGCAGGGCUUUGGCCCAUAGUGGCUGGACAAACACUAGCACAGGCUUGCUGGUCUGCUGGGGGCACACAGACAUUGUCACAAACUUGCUGGUCCCUUGGAAGAGGGCAAGACCCCAAACCAGAGCAAAAUACAAUUCAAGCUCUUAACCAGGCUCCUUCUAGUCGCAAAUUUGCAGAGUCAGAACAGAAAUAAUACAGUAAAUGUCACAUAACCAGACAAGCUGUCCCCAGGGUACCCUUUGGGGAGGGAAAUCUUUAUUUCUUUUUUUUCCUUCUUAAAAAACGUAUUCCCAACACUUCCACUGUUCUUUCCUUAUAUCCCAACACUCAGAACUCUUGUGAUAUUAGCCCAUGGGGACUUGUGGUUGUGUGAACCGUGUAUGGAAAUCCGUCGGGCCCCGUUCAAGGAGACGUACAGACUUGAGUCUCUUUGUCCUAACUUUUACAUAUGGUCAACUUCAAAUAAAAAGUCCUCUCUGGAAUCAAGCAUGGAAUUCAAUUCCACUGGUCAAGUUGGAAAGUACAGGGGCUUUCAGGGCUAUUUCCCUGGCCCAGCAGUGCCCCACUGAGAUCUCCUGAUAAAACUUCAGGGGGAUCCGAUGUUAAUUCAGGUCACUGGCAGUUUCUUGAGUAUUGAUGUGUGCUAGGUCAGGAGCUAGUGAUUAUUGUGAGACAGAAUUACAUAAGGCCUGACCCUAGUGAGCCUAAUUUGCCUGCUUGGGUCCCCAGGCAGAUUUCAAGGACCUCUGACCAGGAAACAACAAAAAGUACUGUUAGGCCAUGAGUUUCCAGUUCUGUUUUCAAGUGGUUUUAUUGUUGCUGUUUUGGUUUUUUUUUUUUGGGGUGUGUGUGUGUGUGUGUGUGUGUGUGUGUGUGUGUGUGUGGCCCAGAAUGUGGCUGUACUAAACAUACGUCUCCUGGUUGGAAAAUGCAUGUAUGUGCAUGUGUGUGCCUACAAAGCCCUUCUCUGUAAAUGGAAGGGUGCUACGUCAAGGCCAAGGUGAGCUGAGGCAGCUGCUGCAGUCUCUGUCUGUGUGACAGGCUGUAGAUUUGUCCUUGGGGAGCAUCUGGUUAGGUCCUGCUCUCUGAGAAUGAACUGUCCCAGAAGUGGACAAGGGCAGUUGGCGAGCUUACCUUUCUUCUCGACCAAUAAUCCUUUUACAGGAACCCACCCUCCUCAUUUCCUCAAACACUCAGGUGCUUUCAGAUUUCAGUCUAGGGCAGUGGACGUAGGGGAUUUCUGGUGUGCGCUUAGCAAGACAAAGCACGUUCAAGACUGUCCGGCCCAGUGGGAAUUCUACCCCCGGUCUCGUCUCUUGCCCUGUCUGAAGGGAGGAGCCCUCUCCACCUCCCUGCAAAUUGCUGUGCCUUCUAUUUCAGAGAGCACAUGCCUAGUAACUUAGCCCGGUGGCAAGCCAGAACCCUUCCACAAGACUGGAGAAACAUGGUAUUUGGAGCAAUGUCCGAUCUAAGAUGACUCCUCAGAACUGCUGAUUUUCUGUUACUGCUGCCCUGAGCUGGGGCCCAAGGGCUGGGAAUCUGUUGGUGCUACCCUGCCCUACCAUUUCCCCAGCUCACAAACUGCCAACAGGAAGUGCUGUUUGGCUAGUUUUUUCACAGCUGCCCUUUGUCCUCAGACCAUGUGUUUGUUUACCUGUCUGCUUUGCCAACUCAGCAUCUUUAGCAAACAAAGACAUCUCCUGGCCUUUCUCUCAGUUAAGGCUCUUACACCCUCAGCAGGGCCCACGUCUUGCCCCAGAUCCCUCCUCCCUAAACUCCUGUUGAGGUUAGCUCCCAUCACUUCUCAAAGGAAAGAACAGUGGUGGUUAGAGAAGCAUCUGUGCUUUAGAUAAAAAUUGAAAGUAGGACUUGUAUUUAUUCCCCAAAGUCUGUCUCUGGGAUCGAGACAAAUGAACUCAGGCAGCAGGAUGAGGCUGGGGCAGGGCUGUCCCCGGUUUGGGGUCCUAACCCCUACACAUUACUGAAACCUCAGAACUCCCUCUCUGAAGUACACCUGCCUAGUUCUCCCUUUUCGUCCUCUGUCUUUCCACAUCAUCAGAGUCAAAAAGCUCUUUGUUCAAAAGGAAGAGAAAACAUAAAGCAUCUUAUUUUCUUUUUAAAAAAAUUUAAACCGUGAAGAAAUAUUUUUAAUGAAAUUCACCCAGGACAUUAAAGUUCACUAUAUUGCAUAUCUUUCAUGUGUGAGAAUAUAAGUAUAUAACUGCAGCUAGUAGACCCCUGCCCUGACUUCUUAGGUUGUGUGAGUAGGUUUGCUUGGUGCCAGUCCUGUGCCCUUUGCUCUCCUGUCAUCUGUAGUUGUGAUAAAAAAAAAAAAAAAACCAGAUCUACACUGCUCUGUCAGCGUCUCCUUUCACUGUUGUGUGUUCGAUUAUCGUAGCUGUUUCAUGAAAUAAACUGUGAAGUGGGGGGUGGGGGGUACAGGCUAUGUAAAAAUUUUAAGUGGAGAAGUCUGGUCUUGACAUAGCUUCUCUAAAAUAGGUUUCAGUAGGUAAUUGGCUUUGACAGCUGUCUAGAAGUGUCUCACAGGACAGGAGGGCGUUUUGGAUGGGGGUCAUGAUUGACCACUUGUGUUUUGUUUUGAUAUUUCCAUUCACCACCAUUCUUGAGCCUUCCUUUCAGACCUGCUAGGAAAAUAUCUUCUGAGCUGUGUACUCGCUUGUGGGAUGGAGAGUUGAGAGCACUGGUGAGGAAUAGUCCUAAAGACAGGCAUGUUCUGUCCAGGCCCACUGACAAGACUCUCGGGGUGUUGAGUGGGGAACCCCUGGGAGCAGAAUGAGAGUGGUGUUAAAAUUGGGCGUCAGUCACUAUCCUUUAGUAACACAAGUGCUGCUGGGGGUGGGGGGACCCGUUUGUGGCAGCGGGAAGAAGGUGACCUUAGGUUAUUCCCGACUGCUUUUGAAUCCUGAAAUAACUCUUCCAUCAAGGGUGUAAAGCUGGCCACAGAGGAAGUCUUUUAGAAACUUCUGAUCGUUGAACAGUGGGACUGGCAUUGGCAUUUAGCUGAGUGCUUAAAUUCUGAAUAGCCAGAGAAUCUGCCUGCAAGACGGCACCCAGGAAGAGCUUUCCAGGGACAAGCCAAAGGCAGAAAAAUCUCUUAGUUAGUAACUAAUACUUUUGGUUAGUUAGGGGAAAAAAAUAGGGAUUAUUGAAAUUUCCAUUCAAAACUUGAUUUGUUCCUCCUGCUGGAGCCAACCCAUUUUAAUAGAAGAUAGACAUCAUUUUCAAAAGAAAAAAAAAGGUAUUUUUAGAUGUCUGCUUCCCUAAAAUUACUGUUUGAGAUUAUUUCAGUCACUGUCAGCUUUUUGGUUUUUGUUUUUACCAUUCUGCAUCUUUGACAUUCAUAUCCUCCACCCCACACUACAGUCUGGGCUUGAAGUACAGCACUGAGUCUUUGGCUCUGUGCGGUAAGGUCACUGGAGCUGCGCUUCCAGGUUGUAUUCCAGUGUUCCAGAACUGCCAGGACGGUGUCUAGGUUGUCCAUGCAGGGCAAUGAGGAGAACAUUCAAUUUGAUGGGCUUUGUCCCUGGCUCCAAAAGGAUAUUGUUAUCCUCUUGGGGCUUGUCUUUGGAUGAGAAGAGGCCCAAUGUCCUCACCUCAUUGGAGCAGCAGCAGUAAUUUCCUGCUCUUAAAAUUACUCAUUGUUAAUUACCCCGAGUCAUUUAGACCUAGGUAGCUACUAUAGGAACUCGAUUGGCUGUCAUCAGUUUGCUCUCAGUUGAGCUUCCAAGUCAGUGCAGAAGUUGCUAUAGUGUAAACUGAAACACAAAUAAUUGCUUUGUACACAAAACAAUGUAAAGAUGGUGCUAAUCUCAUGGGAUAAAUAAGCACUGCCAAGGGUUGAGGAAGUGGUGACAUGAGAAACCCAGGUUCCUGUUUGGGGAGAUAAUUUAUAUAGUUUCCUUUCAGCUCUGUGAGAGGUGGGCGGCAGGUAGUGUCUAUGAUGGUUGCCCACCCAACCCUGGAGUGGUUCGAUACAGACCCAGAUGAUGGCCACUGAGUUCCUUAGGGUCAGGGCCACCUGGUCUGUAGUCUUCAUCCGUCCUGCCUAGGACAUGUCAGAAGAGAACUGGUUGUGGGGUCACCACUGCCGUCUGCUUCUCUACCUCUGCCCUCCUGUGGCAUCUCAGUUGCUCGGGAAGAAUGAGGGCAAUGUUUCUUAAGUUGGAAGAGCUUAGUAGACAACUACAACCUCAAAAGAGCUGGUUCCUGACCAUUAAACUUUAUGAGCUGGGCGGUGGUGCAAGCCUGUAAUCCCAGCACUCAGGAGGCAUAGGCAGAUGGAUCUUUUUGAGUUUGAGGCCAGCCUGGUCUGCAAAGUGAGUCUAGGACAGCCAGGACUACACAGAGACCCUGUCUCAAAAAACAAGAACAACAAAAAUUCUUUUGUGGUCCUUUCCCUGUAGAGCCUUCCUGACUUUAAGAACAUCAGUCAGUGAGGAGGGCCUCUGGGAGUAGCUACUGGGAGCUUGGCACAGCUCAGCAGAGGCAGACAGAAGGGGCAGAGCGGACACUGAGGGCCCUGGUGUUUCCAGGGUGGGCAGAGCGGACACUGAGGGCCCUGGUGUCUCCAGGGUGGGCAGAGCGGACACUGAGGGCCCCGGUGUUUCCAGGGUGGGCAGAGCGGGUGGUCUCCAGGCUGUGGUGCCGCCUUGUGUGUGUAGGUGAGUGGGGUCGGGUGAGUCAGCACCUAGGAGCUCAUGGAAAGCAGCUUUCUAGGUCUUAACAAAGAAAGCUCUAUUUUUUAAACGGGGAAAAGGGUUCAACCAAGGUCCAUCACUGUGUUCUCUCACCCCCAACAGACUGUCAGCUGAAGUGAACAUCCUAGUGAAAAAAGAGGGGAACCCUGUGCUAGGAGUCCCCAUAAACAUGUACUGUAAUUCUUUGUAUAUAGAAAAAAUACUGUAAAGUAAAGUUUAACUUUACUCUUA